AUGAGCUUCACUGGGAAAUAUGAAGUUGAGGGUGAAAAGAACUAUGAUGAGUUCCUGAAACAUUUGGGACUCUCUGGUGAUGUCAUUGACAAAUAUAGGCAAUUCAAGACAAUCACUGAGGUGGUUCAGGACGGGAACAACUUUACCUGGACCCAUACCUACCCAGGUGGUCAUACUGUAACAAACAAAUUCACUAUCGGCAAGGAGAGUGAAAUGGAGACCAUGGGAGGCAAGAAGUUCAAGAUCGCAGUGCAGAUGGAGGGGAACAAGAUUGUGGCGAACUUCCCGAAUUAUAAACAUACCUCAGAAAUCGUAGGGGGAAAACUGGUGGAGAUUUCCACUAGUGGGGGUGUGACCUACGAAAGAGUCAGCAAGAAGUUGUCUUAGGUGGCCCAAAUCCUGGAACUCUCCUUGCAAGGAUAGGGAGGAAAGCUUAAAUAAAA